AUGCAGUACAAGCUGCCGGCGGGUGUCAAGUGCGACGGCGACUCGCACUGCGUGCUUCGUUGGUGGUAUGUCGGCUGGAACAACCCGGGCAUCGACAUCAACGGCCAGGAGCAGUUCUGGAACUGCGCCGACAUUUACAUCAGCGACACGUGCGGGUCGGACCCGAAGCCGUCGCCGAGCAGCCAGAACCCGACGCCGGCGCCGAGCUCGGAGAAGCCCACAAAGGCCCCGGUCACAGACAAACCGACCCCGGUGACGGACAAGCCGACGAAGGCGCCGACGAUGGCCCCCAAGCCGAGCCAUAAGCCGUCUCACAAGCCCACGUCCAAGACGCCGGUGCACACGACUGUGAAGCCAACGGCCAAGCCCUCGACCAAGCCGACGGCCAAGCCCAUUGCAGGUGGCGGCAAGAAGGCGUGGGAGCAGUGCGGCGGCAAGGACUACACGGGCAGCACCGAGUGCGUUGGCGGCAGCAUCUGCGUCAAGCAAGACGAGUGGUACUCGCAGUGCGUGCCCAAGCGCCUCCGCUAA